GUGAAAACAGACGCUAUGUCCUGCGCAGGCCGCCGUAUUUACUCCCUGACGGCCGAAUAUUAGUGUUGUGCCGCUGCCGCUAUAUGGUGUGUUUAAUUUUGAUGAAGAAUUAAUGGAAUAAACCUCGAAAGCAAGCUCAGAGAGCGCAGGUAUGAGUGAUAUCCGUCACGCCCUGCUGCGGCGAGACCCGCUGAGCGCCGCUAAAGAGGUGCUGUACCACCUGGACAUCGCGUUAGGGAGCACUCUGCAGACCGGGCCGGGCCUGGACAAGAACACGGUGGACCUGGUGGAGGAGUUCAUAUUCCACGUCCCGAAAGACCGGAACACACAGCGCAAGAGGAUGAGCUGUGUUCAGGAGCUGCAGCUGUUGGAGAUCAUGUGCAGUUAUUUCCAGGAGCAGAGUAAGGACGCGGUGAGACAGGUGAUCUUCUCGGCGCUCUUCAGUCUGCAGGGGAACAAAGCCGAUGAGAACCGCAUGGCCACGCUGGGCAAACUGGUGUCCAUGGCCGUCGCUGUGUGCCGCGUGCCCAUCCUGGAGUGUGCUGCCACCUGGCUGCAGCGGACUCACUCUGCGUGGUGUGUGCGGUUGGCGUUGGUGUUGGUGGAUGAUUACUGCACGUUGGUGCCAGGCUCCAUCGCCACGCUGCAGAACGUCAGCUCGGCCAGUCCACGCUUCUGCUGCCAACUCAUCACCGCCGUCACCGCCCUGUACGACUUCUCCUCAGACGAGUUAACCCCGCCCCCCUCACUGUUGGACAUGGUGGUUGGUUGGAUCACAGAAGACCCCAGACUGCUCCUGUUGACCUUCAUCAACACUCCCCUGAGCUCCAGUUUGCCGUUGGGGUGUUUGGAGGCCACGCCCCUCGCAGGUCUGCUCCGGUGGUGCGUGAAAGCGCCGCUCGCCUCUCAGCGAGCCCGAAAGUCGGCGGUUACCGGUGUGCAGCCAGAGCAGGAGAACGGGGCGGUGUGUGAGGAGCUGUACUCCAAACUGCACCUGAGUGUUCUUCAGGUGUUCCUCAUGUUACAGGUCCACCUGACGGAGCAGAACCUGCUCGGGCGUCUCGCCGUGCUGCAGGUGGAGUCCGUGGCCGCUCUGGUAGAGGAAGUGAGCGCUUUGGUGGAGGAACUCAACCCGCUCCACGCCGCCAAUCAAAUCCAGCUGGCUCUGGAUAGGCUGGCCCAGGCCCUGCAGGUUGCCAUGGCGACAGGAGCGCUGCUGUGUUCCAGAGAGGACCUGAGAACGCUGUGCUCCAGACUUCCUCAUAACAAUAUGUUACAGCUGGUCAUGUCCGGUCCGGUGGUUCCGCACGGAGCGGCGUUCCAGCCCAGCGUGUAUCCCUACAUCCACCCCGCCCGGCCCAGUCCGCUCUCGCCCCACCCCUCCCACCCCGCCCUCUCUCCUUUGCCCGCCCACCCUGCCCUCACCACACACCACCAGUUAACCCCACACCCAGCACACUCGCCCCUCCCUCCUCCGCACGCCUUCCACCCCGCCUCCAUGGCCUUCCAGUACCGCCCCAUCCGCUGAGCUCGGCGCUCCGACUCCUCCCCCUCCCGAAUAACGCCGGUCGGAUUGUAUACGCCAGCACGAGAUCGGAUUCCGUUAUGAGAUCAGAUCCAGCGUGCAAUCCGGAUAAAAACCUCUUAAUGUCGGCUGAAUAUUUUUUUUUUCUUGUAGGUGAACAGAAUUUUUUUUUUUAAAAAAGAAAAGAAAUUGUCCUCAAUCUGUUCAUUCAUGUAAAUAUUUUCUCAGAUGUGUUUAAGUCUUAAGGGUUGUUCCAUCAGACUUUUGUUCCUUCAUGUUUUCUUACGUGUCCAAGCUCACUGAAGUGUCAGAAUAUGAAUUUUGUAUAAGAAUUAUAUUUAAUAAUAAAAACAGUUUCCUGA